AUGGAGGAACUAAGGUUGCAGAUAGCCAAUAAUAGGCUUCAGCUCCAGCAAGUUGAAGCAUCAUUGGAGCUAGAUAAAGACAACGAAGAGCUUAAGAAGCUACAGGAAGAUUUGAAGGAAGUCAUCCGUCUCACACAGGAACUUCUGGGUGAAGAUACAACUACUAACGAAAGUACCUGGAAAGUCGGAGAUACAUGCAUGGCUAGAUGCACACGCGACAAACUCUUCUAUAAAGCAAGCAUUCUAGAAAUUCUUGCUAACGGUUCUUGCGUAGUUAACUUCCUCGAUUAUGAUACAACAGAUAUCUGCCAGAUUGCACAUCUCAAACCGUUAGAUUCUAACCUAGCUCCGGUGCAACUGACGAAAAAGGAAACAAAGAACCGAAAAAUCGAAAAGAAAAAACUCAAGAAACAGAAACUUGUGGAGCGUCAUGCCGAAAUCGAAAAGGCUAUCGAAACUGAGAAGAAUGAAUGGCUGAACUUCAGUAAGAAGUACAACAACAAACAUAAGACAAAGAGGAGCAUAUUCGCUUCUCCUGAAAAUGUGGAUGGUAAAGUCGGGGUUGGAACCUGUGGAAUUUCGGGCAGACCAAUGACGAAACCCAGCUAUCAUCGAUUGAUGAGGAAGUGA